UUUUCAAAACAGCAACUACAAAAUACAACAAAAUAUACUUUUCUUACUUUUAUUUUUCCGUCCACAGUACGUAGUAAUUAAAAAGGAUAGUUUACUGGAUAGCUCUUUCUUAGUUGAUGUUGGGCUGUGAAUAAAAGCGUAAAUAUGUUCAAUGUGGCGCACAAUGAAAAAGAUGCACACGAGGAGAGCAUCUGGUGUGUAUCUUGGACAACAAAUGAAGAAAAUGUUGACAGUAUUCUUACUGGUGCAGUUGAUGAUCUGGUGAAAUGCUGGAAAUGGAAUAAUGAGCAAUUAGAACUGAAAUAUAACUUUGAGGGACACCAACUUGGAAUAGUUUCAGUUGAUAUCAAUGCCACUGGCACGGUGGCAGCCUCCAGCUCAAUGGACAGUCAUAUCAGACUGUGGGAUCUUGAGAAUGGCAAACAGAUCAAAUCUGUUGACUGUGGUCCAGUGGAUACAUGGACUGUGAGCUUUUCCCCAGAUGGCAAGUUUAUAGCAACAGGAACUCAUUCAGGAAAGAUUAACAUCAUUGGAGUUGAAAGUGGAAAGAAGGAAAGUGUUUUGGAUACAAGAGGGAAAUUUAUCAUGAGCAUUGCUUAUAGUCCAGAUGGGAAACAUAUAGCAUGUGGUGCUAUUGAUGGAAUUAUUAAUAUAUUUGAUAUUGCAACUGGGAAAUUGGUGCACACAUUAGAAGGUCAUGCUAUGCCAAUCAGAUCAUUGACAUUCUCUCCUGACUCACAACUCUUGAUCACUGCUUCAGACGACAAUCACAUCAAGAUGUACGACGUGCAGCAUGCAAAUCUCGCAGGUACAUUGUCCGGCCAUGGAUCAUGGGUCCUUAGUGUUGCUUUUUCACCAGAUAAUUCACACUUUGCAUCAAGUUCUAGUGACAAGACCGUGAAAAUAUGGGAUGCUGGAUCAAGACAAUGUCUUCACACAUUUCACGAACAUUCUGAUCAGGUUUGGGGUGUGAAAUACAACCAAAGUGGCACAAAAGUUGUCUCUGUAUCUGAUGACAAAUCCAUCAUUAUCUACAACUGCCCAACAUAGAGCAUGUGUGGUAAACUAUAAUUGCACACAGCUGCAUUUGAACAAAUUGCAACAUCAAGGAGUUUUAUGCUCUAACCAACUGCAUAGAGUUAUUCACUAUUGCAAAAACACUGUAUUUAGUAAAGAGCAAACAAAUUUCCAUACAACAAAAAGACAAGACAAAUUGUACAAGACCAAAGACUUUAUUUUCUAAUAAACUCGGUUUUAAGCAUGAACUCCAAAAACCUUAAAACAGAUAUUGCAGAGUGAUAAGUUACUACUAUUAACUUCUGAUUUUCUUUUUAUUAUUUAUCAUCAUAUCAAUAAAU